UUGUGGUCAGUCAGCAUCGGUACCGGCAUCGUCUCUUUCUGCGUACAUUUUUUUUGAGACCAUCAUCCUAAUCAUUCGAGUUUUAAUCGAACGCAUUCGCUCUUAGUGUUGUGUGUUAAUGUACUCAAAAUGAAUUUUGUUUUCAUUAUUGCGAUUUGCGUUAGUUUUAUACAUUGCGACGUCUUACCGCCGAAAAUUUUAGAGCAAGAAUUGCAUAUACGAAGACCUCAAAAUAUUUUGAAUAGACUUGACGGAAAUAUCCUUUCCAAUGAGCCCGUUAUACCGGAAAAUCAACCGAAAAAAAUCACGAAGCUCUACAAGCCCUUUACAAUCUACAAAAACACCAUAAUCAGAGCGCCAACGAGGACAAUGGAAGACACAGUCAGCAAUUUGGUCGUCGAGAACGUGGUGGAAACGAAACCAAUCGUCAUUAGGAAAAACAGCAGUAAUUUCUAUCACCCGUAUUUUAAUAAAUCUUCCGAAAAGGCCGUCGUCUUCGAUUGGUUCUUGGGCUUAGUCGGAAUCAAACAACCGGAUCCCAACGCAGCUCCUGUUGCGCCCAUGAAGAAUUGCCCGCAAUGCAAAUGCGGCGAAUCGUUCAAAAAUAUUAGAAUAGUCGGAGGAAUCGAAACCAUGGUAAACGAAUAUCCCUGGAUGACUGCGCUUAUGUACAGCAACAGAUUUUACUGCGGAGCCUCGUUAAUUAACAGCAGGUACUGCUUAACUGCCGGUCAUUGCGUCAAUGGGUUUAACAAAGACAAAAUAACAGCUGUAUUUCUCGACCACGACAGAUCCAAUUCCUUCGAAACCAAUACAAUCAUGAGGAAAGUUAAAAAUAUACAUAGACAUAGAGGGUAUGGAAGCGGAGGAUCUUUUAACAACGAUAUAGCUAUUAUAGAAUUAGAUCAAGAGGUACCCUUGACGGGUUUAUUGAAACCUGUGUGUUUACCACCUACUGGGAAAAGUUUUACGGGAUUACAAGGAAUAGUUACUGGCUGGGGAGCGACCAAAGAAAGUGGUCAGACUGCGAAUAAAUUAAGGGAGGUGAGAGUUCCCAUUCUUUCUAAUAAAGAUUGCAUGAAAACAGGAUAUAAUAGCCGGAUAACUGAAAAUAUGCUGUGCGCAGGGUAUUCGGGAGGACUCAAAGAUUCCUGCCAAGGAGAUAGUGGUGGACCGUUACACAUAAAAAAUGGGACUAAGCAUCAAAUAGUAGGAAUAGUUUCCUGGGGAGAAGGCUGUGCACAACCAAAUUAUCCUGGAGUAUACACGAGAGUAAACAGAUACAUUUCCUGGAUAAAAAGCAAUACGAAAGACGCUUGUUAUUGUAACAGUUAAGAGUAAUUUAUUACAAUUAAAAAUCUAUUGGCUUAUUAACGAGUCUUAAAUCUAAGUAAAAAAAAUGAUACAUCUAAGAUAAUAAAAUACUUUAAUAUCAC